AUGGCGCUGUCGCCCCAGCGUGGGUCCUCUUCGGGCUUGAGCCGACCAGAGCUGUGGCUGCUGCUGUGGGCAGCCGCGUGGCGCCUGGGGGCCACGGCGUGCCCCGCCCUCUGCACCUGCACCGGCACGACCGUGGACUGCCACGGCACGGGGCUGCAGGCCAUUCCCAAGAACAUCCCACGGAACACCGAGCGCCUGGAGCUCAACGGCAACAACAUCACUCGGAUCCACAAGAACGACUUUGCUGGGCUCAAGCAGCUUCGAGUGUUGCAGCUGAUGGAGAACCAGAUUGGAGCUGUGGAGCGCGGAGCUUUCGAUGACAUGAAGGAGCUGGAGCGACUACGGCUGAACCGCAACCAGCUGCAAGUGCUGCCGGAACUACUGUUCCAGAACAACCAGGCUUUGUCCAGACUAGACCUGAGUGAGAAUUCUCUCCAGGCUGUGCCCAGGAAAGCUUUCCGGGGAGCCACAGACCUCAAAAAUCUACAGCUGGACAAGAACCAGAUCAGCUGCAUUGAGGAAGGGGCCUUCCGUGCCCUACGGGGACUGGAGGUUCUGACCUUGAACAACAACAACAUUACCACCAUCCCUGUGUCCAGUUUCAAUCAUAUGCCCAAGCUCCGGACCUUCCGCCUGCACUCCAACCACCUGUUCUGUGACUGUCACCUGGCCUGGCUCUCUCAGUGGCUGAGACAGAGGCCCACCAUCGGGCUCUUCACCCAGUGCUCCGGGCCUGCCAGCCUUCGGGGCCUCAAUGUGGCAGAGGUGCAAAAGAGCGAGUUCAGCUGCUCAGGCCAGGGGGAGGCCGCCCAGGCACCGGCCUGCACCCUCUCUUCCGGUUCCUGCCCAGCCAUGUGCAGCUGUAGCAAUGGCAUCGUGGACUGCCGUGGCAAAGGCCUCACUGCCAUCCCCGCUAACCUUCCUGAGACCAUGACGGAGAUCCGCCUGGAGCUGAAUGGUAUCAAGUCCAUCCCACCAGGAGCCUUCUCUCCCUAUAGAAAGCUGCGCAGGAUAGACCUGAGCAACAACCAGAUUGCGGAGAUUGCGCCCGACGCCUUUCAAGGCCUGCGCUCCUUGAAUUCCCUGGUCCUCUACGGCAACAAGAUUACAGACCUGCCCCGAGGUGUAUUUGGAGGCCUGUACACCCUCCAGCUGCUGCUUCUGAAUGCCAACAAGAUCAACUGCAUCCGGCCCGAUGCCUUCCAGGACCUGCAGAACCUCUCUCUGCUCUCCCUGUAUGACAACAAGAUCCAGAGCCUGGCCAAGGGCACCUUCACCUCCCUGCGGGCCAUCCAGACACUGCAUCUGGCCCAGAAUCCCUUCAUCUGCGACUGUAACCUCAAAUGGCUGGCAGACUUCUUACGUACCAACCCCAUCGAGACAACUGGGGCCCGAUGCGCAAGCCCCCGGCGCCUCGCCAACAAGCGUAUUGGGCAGAUCAAAAGCAAGAAAUUUCGGUGCUCAGCCAAAGAGCAGUACUUCAUUCCAGGGACUGAGGAUUACCACCUGAACAGCGAGUGUACCAGUGACGUGGCCUGCCCCCACAAGUGCCGUUGUGAGGCCAGUGUGGUGGAAUGCUCUGGCCUGAAGCUCUCUAAGAUCCCUGAGCGAAUCCCCCAGUCCACGACUGAGCUACGAUUAAACAACAAUGAGAUUUCUAUCCUAGAGGCCACUGGGUUGUUUAAGAAACUCUCGCAUCUGAAGAAAAUAAACCUGAGCAACAACAAGGUAUCCGAGAUCGAGGACGGGACGUUUGAGGGUGCGGCCUCUGUCAGCGAGCUGCACCUGACCGCCAACCAGCUGGAGUCCAUCAGAAGUGGCAUGUUCCGGGGCCUAGAUGGCUUGCGGACCCUGAUGCUGAGGAACAACCGUAUCAGCUGCAUCCACAACGACAGCUUCACCGGGCUGCGUAACGUGCGGCUCCUGUCUCUUUAUGACAACCACAUCACCACCAUCUCCCCUGGAGCCUUCGACACCCUCCAGGCCCUGUCCACACUAAACCUCCUGGCCAACCCAUUCAGCUGCAACUGCCAGCUGGCCUGGCUGGGAGACUGGCUUCGGAAGAGGAAGAUUGUGACAGGGAACCCUCGCUGUCAGAACCCAGACUUCCUGCGGCAGAUUCCUCUGCAAGAUGUGGCCUUCCCUGACUUCAGGUGUGAGGAAGGCCAAGAGGAGGUGGGCUGCUUGCCCCGCCCACAGUGCCCCCAGGAGUGCACCUGCCUGGACACCGUGGUCCGGUGCAGCAACAAGCACCUCCAGGCUCUGCCCAAGGGCAUCCCCAAGAAUGUCACUGAACUCUAUUUGGAUGGCAACCAGUUCACCUUGGUCCCAGGACAGCUGUCUACCUUCAAGUAUCUGCAGCUUGUGGACUUGAGCAACAACAAGAUCAGUUCCUUAAGCAAUUCUUCCUUCACCAACAUGAGCCAGCUGACCACGCUGAUCCUCAGCUACAACGCUCUCCAGUGCAUCCCUCCUCUGGCCUUCCAAGGACUUCGUUCGCUGCGCCUGCUGUCUUUGCACGGCAAUGAUGUCUCUACCCUCCAAGAGGGCAUCUUUGCAGACGUGACGUCUCUAUCUCACCUGGCCAUUGGAGCCAACCCCCUGUACUGCGACUGCCACCUCCGAUGGCUCUCUAGCUGGGUGAAGACUGGCUACAAGGAACCUGGCAUUGCCCGCUGUGCUGGGCCUCCAGAGAUGGAGGGCAAACUGUUGCUCACCACACCUGCCAAGAAGUUUGAAUGCCAAGGUCCCCCCAGUCUGGCAGUUCAGGCCAAGUGUGAUCCCUGCUUGUCCAGUCCAUGCCAGAAUCAAGGCACUUGCCACAAUGACCCACUUGAGGUAUACAGGUGUACCUGCCCCAGUGGCUACAAGGGCCGAAACUGUGAGGUGUCUCUGGACAGCUGUUCCAGCAACCCAUGUGGAAACGGGGGAACCUGCCGCGCCCGGGAGGGCGAGGAUGCUGGCUUCACGUGCUCCUGUCCUUUUGGCUUUGAAGGGCCAACCUGUGGAGUGAACACAGAUGACUGUGUGAAGCACGCCUGUGUCAACGGGGGUGUCUGUGUGGAUGGCAUGGGGAACUACACGUGCCGGUGUCCCCUGCAGUACACGGGAAGGGCCUGUGAGCAGCUGGUGGACUUCUGCUCCCCGGAUCUGAACCCGUGUCAGCAUGAGGCCCAAUGUGUUGGCACCCCGGAUGGGCCCAGGUGUGAGUGUGUGCCAGGUUACACGGGUGACAACUGCAGCGAGAAUCAGGACGACUGCAAGGACCACCAGUGUCAGAACGGGGCCCAGUGUGUGGACGAAGUCAACAGCUACGCCUGCCUCUGUGCUGAGGGCUACAGCGGACAGCUCUGUGAGAUCCCACCUGCCCCCAGGAACUCCUGUGAGGGGACGGAGUGCCAGAAUGGAGCCAACUGCGUAGACCAGGGCAGCCGGGCCGUGUGCCAGUGCCUGCCAGGCUUCGGUGGCCCGGAGUGUGAGAAACUGCUCAGUGUCAACUUUGUGGACCGGGACACUUACCUGCAGUUCACUGACCUGCAGGACUGGCCACGGGCCAACAUCACUCUGCAGGUCUCCACAGCAGAGGACAAUGGGAUCCUCCUCUACAAUGGAGACAAUGACCACAUUGCAGUUGAGCUGUACCAGGGACAUGUCCGUGUUAGCUACGACCCAGGCAGCUACCCCAGCUCUGCUAUCUACAGUGCUGAAACCAUCAACGACGGGCACUUCCACACAGUUGAGCUGGUCACCUUCGACCAGAUGGUGAACCUCUCCAUCGAUGGCGGCAGCCCCAUGACCAUGGAUAACUUCGGCAAGCACUACACGCUCAACAGCGAGGCCCCCCUCUAUGUGGGAGGGAUGCCCGUGGACGUGAACUCGGCUGCCUUCCGCCUGUGGCAGAUCCUCAAUGGCACGAGCUUCCACGGCUGCAUCCGGAACCUGUACAUCAACAAUGAACUGCAGGACUUCACCAAGACACAGAUGAAGCCGGGCGUGGUGCCCGGCUGUGAGCCCUGCCGCAAGCUCUACUGUCUACACGGCAUUUGCCAGCCUAAUGCCACCCCAGGGCCCGUGUGCCACUGCGAGGCUGGCUGGGGGGGCCUGCACUGUGACCAGCCAGUGGAUGGCCCCUGCCAUGGCCACAAGUGUGUCCAUGGGAAAUGUGUGCCCCUCGAUGCUCUUGCCUACAGCUGCCAGUGCCAGGAUGGGUACUCGGGGGCUCUGUGCAACCAGGUCGGGGCGGUGGCAGAGCCCUGUGGGGGCUUGCAGUGCCUGCACGGUCACUGCCAGGCCUCCGCCACCCAAGGGGCGCACUGUGUGUGCAGCCCAGGCUAUUCAGGCGAGCUGUGUGAGCAAGAGUCCGAGUGCCGGGGGGACCCUGUCCGGGACUUUCACCGGGUCCAGAGGGGCUAUGCCAUCUGCCAGACCACACGCCCGCUGUCAUGGGUGGAAUGCCGGGGCGCGUGCCCGGGCCAGGGCUGCUGCCAGGGUCUGCGGCUGAAGCGGAGGAAGCUCACCUUCGAGUGCAGCGAUGGGACCUCGUUUGCUGAGGAGGUGGAGAAGCCCACCAAGUGCGGCUGUGCCCGGUGCGCGUGAUGUGCGGGUGGCACCCUAGCAGCGGCUGGGGCGGGCAUCACCAGGAUUGCCGCCUGGGUCCUGGUGGGCGCAGGGACACUGACUGCCUUUCCAGCGGACUGCACUGCCGGGGCAGAGGAGCAAGGCCCUGGCUGCCGGGCCCUCUCUCAAAGUGCCUUGCACAGAUAGGCGCUUAAUAAAUAUUUGUUGAAUGAA